GACUUCUGUGAGCAGCCUCCAUGAGGCCCUGGACCAGUGCAUGAUCGCCCUGGACCUCUUCCUCACCAACCAGUUCUCGGAAGCACUCAGCUACCUCAAGCCCAGUUCUAGGUUGUGGUUGUCCUCUGCCUCAUCUGGUUCCUUCAGGUUCCCCGGGAAAGCAAAUGCUGAGUCAGGGGAACUGCUUUCCCCAAGUUUCCAAGCCUGACCUGUUCAAUUUCUCCUGUCUGGGGUCAGUGGCCCAGCCUCUGGGGGAUGGUGUGGAUUCCAGCAUGAGUCUUAUGAUGAUCCCUCUGCAGCAGGCCUGAAACCUCAUCCCCAGCCUCUUAAGGGGUCUGGGUUUGAGGUGGGGCCGGGGCAGCUCUGCAGCAAGAGUGAGAACCAAGGAGAGCAUGUACCACUCACUGACGUAUGCCACUAUCCUGGAGAUGCAGGCCAUGAUGACUUUUGACCCUCAGGACAUCCUGCUGGCUGGCAACAUGAUGAAGGAGGCGCAGACGCUGUGUCAGAGGCACCGGAAGAAGUCCUCUGUAACAGAUUCCUUCAGCAACCUGGUGCACCGCCCCACUAUGGACCAGUUCACGGAAGAGGAAAUCCAUGCUGAGGUGUGCUAUGCAGAGUGCCUGCUGCAGAGAGCAGCUCUGACCUUCCUGCAGGACGAGAACAUGGUGAGCUUCAUCAAGGGUGGCAUCAAAGUUCGAAACAGCUACCAGACCUACAAGGAGCUGGACAACCUUGUCCAGUCCUCACAGUACUGCAAGGGAGAGAACCACAGACACUUCGAAGGAGGCGUGAAGCUCGGUGUGGGAGCCUUCAACCUGACGCUGUCCAUGCUUCCUACCAGGAUUCUGCGGCUGCUGGAGUUCGUGGGGUUUUCAGGGAACAAGGACUACGGGCUGCUGCAGCUGGAGGAGGGCGCGUCGGGGCACAGCUUCCGCGCUGUGCUCUGCGUCCUGCUGCUGCUCUGCUACCACACUUUCCUCACCUUCGUGCUCGGCACCGGCCACGUGAACGUGGAGGAAGCGGAGAAGCUCCUGCAGCCCUACCUGAAGCGGUACCCUAAGGGCGCCAUCUUCCUGUUCUUCGCCGGGCGGAUUGAAGCCAUUAAAGGCAAUGUUGACACAGCCAUCCGGCGGUUCGAGGAGUGCUGCGAGGCCCAGCAGCACUGGAAGCAGUUCCACCACAUGUGCUACUGGGAGCUGAUGUGGUGCUUCACCUACAAGGGCCAGUGGAAGAUGGCCUACUUCUACGCGGACUUGCUCAGCAAGGAGAACUCCUGGUCCAAGGCCACCUACAUCUACAUGAAGGCCGCCUACCUCAGCAUGUUUGGAAAGGAGGAUUAUAAGCCGUUCGGGGAUGAUGAAGUGGAGUUGUUCAGAGCAGUGCCUGGCCUGAAGCUCAAGAUUGCUGGGAAAUCUCUACCCACGGAGAAGUUUGCCAUCCGGAAGUCCAGACGCUACCUCUCUCCCAAACCAGUCUCUUUGCCAAUUCCUGCUCUGGAAAUGAUGUACAUUUGGAAUGGCUAUGCUGUGAUCGGGAAGCAGCCGGAACUCACGGACAGGAUCCUUGGGAUUAUCACCAAGGCUGAAGAGAUGCUGGAGAAGGGCCCAGGUGACCACCCCCGGGCCCUUGAACCUGCCAGGCUGAGUCACAUCACAGAGAAUGAGUACUCAGUGGAUGAUGAGUGCUUGGUGAAGUUGCUGAAAGGCCUCUGCCUGAAAUACCUGGGCCGUGUCCAGGAAGCUGAGGAGAAUUUCAGGAGCAUCUCUUCCAAUGAAAAGAAGAUUAAGUAUGACCACUACUUGAUCCCAAACGCCCUGCUGGAGCUGGCCCUACUGUUUAUGGAGCAAGGCAGAAACGAAGAGGCUGUCAAACUCUUGGAAACUGCCAAGCAAAACUACAAGAAUUACUCCAUGGAGUCAAGGACACAUUUUAGAAUCCAGGCAGCCGUACUCCAAGCCAAGUCUUCCCUAGAGAAUGGCACCAGAUCCACGGGCUCAGUGUCUUUGUAGUUUUAUGCAGCACUCCCUCCCAGGCUGGAAGACAGAGACACGGACAGAGCUCCUGGAAACAUUUCAAAAAGAUCCCCCCACCCCCCGCCCUGCCUUUGGGGCCCACCGGUGCUCCAGCGGGACAGCGCAACAUAGAUAUCCACGCCGAAGGGAAGCCGGCAUUCUCACCAGUGCGGCCAAGGGCCUUCAAGGAGAAUGGGUGGGGCCCUCGGCUUGCCCUGUCACACAUACGGGUACUUGUUUUUCACUGUGAUGUUUAAGAGAAUGUAUGAACAGUUUACAUUUUCCUUAGAAAUAUAUUAAUGGGAUCACAGUUGGCUUAAAAAAAACUGUAAAUCUUUGUUUCAACCCAUACUGAUCUGAAGGUAAAUCUAUAGAUGAUGCUUUUUCAAAAUUCAGCAGUGUCUCAGCUUCCAAGGCCAAAGACCCCAUCAAGGCUUCUGAGUGCUGGGCAAGAGGUUGCACAGGCACCCACACCUUACUUCUUACACGUCAUUUUCACUCCCUUAGUAACUUUCUAAUUAAAAAAAAAAAUCAGAUGAGUAUUAUUUCACUAAAAAGACCUGUGAGUCUAUCUACAGGAAAAAAAAAAUCAAUCUUCAUUAAUAAGGACUGAGAGUUGCUGAGGCCUGACGGAACGGGAGCUUUCUGGCUCUUUCUGCACCAAAGCCAAGACGUUGUGGGGGAGGGUCUCCACACCAGUCUGCAUCCUCACUGUGCCCACGUGAACCAGCUGGGAGUAAGUCACAAAACAAAAAUCCUCUGUGCUUUACUAUGAGGUACAUUUAUUUCCUGACAGCAUUUUUCUUAGAAUGGUUAUAUUCUUGGCCUGUUGUGUAUGUUUUAGAUUUUUCAGUUAAGAGAAAAGAUAUUUAAGUAAUAAAACUCACACACUUAAGAGAUCA